AUGCCAUCAACCAUGGCACUGCUCCUCUUCCGGAACGCUGACCGUUUGCACACGGGAGAGACCCUUUUCGUGAAGCGCUGGCCUCCUGCAGGCGGCCUGAAGGAGCUUCUACAGCUGGCCGGCGAGGCCACGAAGCCUGUUGUUGCUCCAGCACGAGCGCUGUAUGACGUCACGCUGAAGCCGGUGAUGUCGCUGGAUGAAGUGCAGCCAGGUGGCACCUACUUGGUGAAGGGCUUGGAGGCUUUCGAUCCGCCAAAGCUCCUCUUCAACCACCAACCAGCUCAGGGGCCGUCGCUGCGGACCUUAGCACGUGCCAGGCAAGCAGUGGCCGGAGAUCGCGACAUGGUCGAAGUAUUCUCGCAGGUGCCAUCGCUCGCCUCACAGAAGACUCGUGCUUCCCUUGACAGGGAGCCCUUGCCCACUGUGCAAUCGCCGCCCUGGCUGUCGCAGGAAGGCAUGCCAGAAGUAGAGCCACGAAAAGGGCAAUGGCAGGUAGACGACUUCCUCCAGCACAAGUUGAGCUGGAGCUGCCAAGGCCCUCUGCACCGACACUACCUCUGGGACCAAUGGACACCGGUGCUGCAGUCAUCGUACAACCGUCACCAAAAGCGGAUCGACCGCUUUGCCGCCACAUCAUCCAGCUGA